UUUCCAGUGCUCCUGGUCUACUGUGCGGAGUACAUCAACGAAGUGGCCGCCAUGAACUGGAGGUUAUUUGCCAAAUACCAGUAUUUCGACUCGAGGGGCAUGUUCAUCUCCCUCGUGUUCUCGGCGCCGCUGCUGCUCAACGCCAUGGUCAUCGUGGUGCUGUGGGUGCGCCGGACGCUGGACGCCAUGGCCGACCUGAAGCGCGCGCAGCAGAGGAGGAGAGAGAGGAGGAGGAAGGAGGAGUGAGGAAGGGCGUACCGGCGGCGCC